CAUAUCACGGGAGAGAAUACUUUGAUCGGUUAUGAUCUCAAUUGAACAUGAGUGCAAUUGCUUACACUGGAAUGUCAGUGAUAUGCCACGUUGAGAAAUUUUUGGGAGAUGAGAAAAAUCUCUCUCUCUCUCUCGAAUCCUGCGAUGCCAAACCUUAGUCCUCUCCACACCAGACUUCCCGACGAGAUCAUCUCCGACAUACUCUCGAGACUCCCCGUUGUCUCUCUGUGCAGAUUCAGGUGCGUUUCCAAAUCGUGGCAAUCCCUAAUCUCCCACCCUCAUUUCAUCACGACACACCUCAAUCGCAGCACAAACGGCAAACACGAGCGUCUUAUCCUCGGUAAUUUUUUUUGUAAUUUGUACUCCGUGGAACUCGAUUCUUCCCAAUUCAGGCACCAAUCAUUGGCAGUGCACCUAGAUUUCGCACCAGACCAAAACCCUAGCUGCUGUGAUGAGAUUGGGGGUUCGUGUGAUGGCUUGGUAUUGAUGCUCGAUGUAUGGUUCAAUUAUUCUUUGGUAAACCCUUCUACUCGAGAAUCUAGAGAAUUACCGGAAUCUCCUUUUACAAUUGAGGGUAAAUUUUUCGCUGAUUAUGGGCUUGGUUAUGACUCAUCCAUUGAUGAUUACAAAGUUGUAAAUAUUUCUUAUCAUCAUAGAGAAACUGAGAGUGCUGAUAAUCUAGUCAGUGUGUAUGCCUUAAAGACCAAUUCCUGGAGAAGGAUUGAGAACUCUCCUUAUGAUCAUUCACAUUUUGAGCAUCAAUCGGGGGCUUUUGUUUGUGGUGCACUACACUGGGUAGCUAGUAAUGGUAUGGAUGAUGUUAUCGUUGCACUUGGUUUAGCUGAUGAAAAAUUUCGAACUGUGUCAUCCCCAGCUCUGGGUUGUACCGUUGACCAACUUUGUGUUCUUGGAGGGUGCCUUUGUGUGUUUGUUGAGCAGUUUUAUGAUCCUGGCUGUCUAGAUGCUUGGGUGAUGAAAGAGUAUGGUGUGAGAGAUUCCUGGACAAAAUUUACAGUCACUUGUGAUAAUAGAUAUGAGUCUUGGCGACCCUUGAGUUUAUCUAGGACCGGUCAAUUUUUGUUUAAUGUAGAAGGAUACAAAUUAGUCCUCUUUGAUACACGAGAGAAGGAAUCCAAGGAGCUAGUGGUUCAUGGCCGUCCAGCUCAGUUUGAAGCAGGAACUUAUGUGGAAAGCCUUGUUUCACCCACGAGGGCCACGAGGCUAUGUUACUAAACAGACUUCACUGGAUUUACUCAUUAGGAGGAUCAUGAGACCAUUUCUGCAAGCAUCUGUGGUUUGUUGAUUUCUGUUAUCUAGCACAUUCCCUUCACUCAUUUCAGAAUUACUCGAUGUUGUAGCAAUAUUAUCUCGCAUGUUUUAGCAAUGACAGAGUUAGCAUCUUUAUCAGGAAUUCAUUCAGAAGCACUCAUAUCCUUCCCUGUUGAGUGUUGACAAUGGUUGAUGCAAGUUCUCGAGCUUGAAUUCUGAUGGAUGCUGGCUUUUGAUCAACUUCUUGGCCCUUGAUUAUAGCCUUGCAUAUCUUAGUUUUGUCUUCUUUCUUGAUCAAUUUUUUUUGUAUUGACUAGCUUUGAUUGGGCUUGUGUUAUGAGCUAUUUGCUUGAAUUCUGCA